UGUGUUGUAUUUCAUUGAAUGCCUUUAUGAUGUUUUGCCUUGUUUGUCCUUGAUCACAAUUUUAGUGCAAACAUACUCUUGGAUGAUCAGUUUCAACCCAAACUAACUGAUUUCGGCAUGGCACACUUACGACCCCACCUAGAACAUCAGACAUGUACCAUAAAUAUGACCAGCAGCAGCAGUAAACACCUGUGGUACAUGCCAGAAGAGUAUAUCAGACAAGGAAAACUUUCCAUUAAAACAGAUGUCUACAGCUUUGGAAUUGUAAUCAUGGAAGUUUUGACAGGUUGUAAAGUGGUAUUAGAUGAUCCCAAACAUGUUCAGCUGCGGGAUCUCCUGAUGGAACUGAUGGAGAAAAGAGGCCUCGAUUCAUGUCUGUUGUUUCUAGAUAAGAAAAUACAUCCUGGUCCUCGGAACUUCUCUGCCAAGCUUUUCUCUUUGGCAGGCCAGUGUGUUUCAACUCGAGCAAAAUUGAGACCUUCAAUGGAUGAAGUCCUAAAUACUCUUGAAAGCACUCAAGCCAGCUUAUAUUUUGCAGAAGACCCUCCCACAUCACUGAAGUCCUUUAGGUGUCCUUCUCCGCUGUUCUUGGGUAAGGUACCAAGUAUCCCGGUGGAAGAUGAUGAAAACCAGAAUAAACGAUCACCACCUCAUGAGAAAAGUUUGAGAAAAGACAGGAUGACUCAGAAAAUCCCUUUUGAAUGCAGCCAGUCUGAGGUCACAUUUCUAGGCUUGGACAGAAAGACAAGGAGUGAGGGAAAUAAGGAUGCUUGUGACAUGCCCAGUUCUUCUGGUGAUGAACUGCUCUGGUUCCCAGAGCAUUUGGCUUCACCCCAGAAUGUGAGUGCCACUGAGAUAAAUUUGGACUUCUCUGCCGAAACACCAGGCCAUUCAUACAGGAGCAGGCCAGUGGAGACCAGAUGCUCUUCUAAAUUCUUUUGGACUGAAGAUGAACAGGACAAAAAGCAAUAAGAUUCAUCAGAAAGUAAAGGAAAAAAGGAAGUAUGGUUGAGGCUUCCAAGGAAAGGGCAUCACUGUGGGAAGACAUAGUCUGUGGUAAUACCGAGGGAAUGAAUGACUGUGAAUUUAGGUAAUGCAGACACACUAUCUGGACAGUUCUGUUCCUUACUUCCCAAACCUCAAAUCAGAGUGGCUUAAACCAAUGUGAUCAAACCUAAGCUGAAUUUGAGCCAUUCAGAUUUACUCAAGAUCUGGGUUCUGGGUUCACCCAAACAAAACACCAAAACCUACCAAAGAAGGACUGCCUUUUCUUCUUAUCAUCUGCAAGAGAGUCCUCCCUGCCUCCCUCUGCCAAGGACAUCAAUUGAAGUCUGUUGUUUGGUUUUCCUUGCUUGUGAGGGUGGUAGGAAAUGUCUAAUUUUUAUAUGUUAAUAGGUGCCUUUUGAAAGAAUUGCCUUCUUACUAUCUUAGCCUUUAGUAUUUUCUAUUCAUCUCUGUUAGCCUUGACUGUUUGGAAAUGAGCCAUGUUCAGCCUUGUCUGGAGCAUGCUUUCUGGAGAGAAAGGAUUCCUGUACAUUAUCUGUAUUUCUAUAUUUAAUCUCUUCAGAUAGUUUAUCACAUAU